AAUUGUACGUUUACUUAAAGUACAAAUUAUAAUAUUUAACCGGAAUUUGAUUAUAUUCUACAAACAUAAAUUUAUCUAAGAGAAAACGGAUCCUCAGAACUUGCUGUCAAUGAUUGCAAAUUACAACUAUUGUUAAAAUCAACCAACAUGGAAAAUUAUACCAAGGAAUAUAAUUUUUUCGUAUAUAUAAAGGAAUAUAAUGUUACAGUUUCAACGUUAUGAGAUUUAACAGUUUGUUUUAUUUAUUUGAAACAUAUAAUCUAACUAAUUAUAUUGCUUAAUGAUAAAAUGAGUAAUCAAUUACAAACUUCAACUAGUUUGCAGAAAACUGCAGUGUCUAAUUCUCAAAAGAAAAAUUCCAACUUCAGUGUUAAAAGAAAAUGUUAUGAAUUAUUUUUUAGUUGUUUUAAAAACGUUCAUAAAAGAGAAUUCAAUGAAGAUAUAAAUCAUCAUUUUAAUAAAUAUGAUUAUAUUGUAGAAAAACUAGUUGUUAAACGUGUACCAUCUAUCUUUCUUGAAAUAUCUGUAAGCGCAUCAGAAACAAAUGAUGAAAAUUUUAUCAAGAAUAUUCAACCAUCAUUAGUAAAAAUGAAUACUGUGGAUCCUAAUAAAUCAAAAUCUCAGCCAUUAAUACAUUCUUCUAAAGAUUCAAAUGACAAUACAAUACCUGCAAACGUUGUUAAUAACUCUUUGAAAAUUGAUUCAAACAUAAUUAUACCAAACAAAAGUAACAACAAACUUGCAUCACCUAUUAACCAUGAUACUAGUGUAAUUGAACUAAUGAAUUCUUUGACAAGUUUACAUCCUGAUUUGAAAGAAUGUGAAAGACCACCUAAAGAUCCAUGUCCUUUAAUCACACCUAUAAAUGAAACUGAGUUAUCUGGAAAUACUGAGAAAAUUCCAUCAAUUACAAGAUUUUCAAGUAAUAGCAAUGCAAGUCAAAAGCAAGAAAUGAUGAAAUCCAAAACUUAUGUUUUAGAGCCUUUUUUAUUACAAAAAGAAUUUGGAGAUGUAAAAUCUCCAGUUAUGAAGUCAAAAAAUAAACAGAGAAUUUAUUAUUCAAUACAUGAUACAUAUUUCAAUGAAUUUCAAGAUAAUUAUACUUGUAAUAAGAAAGAAACAUUUGUUGUUCAACGUGAUCAAGACAACUCUACUGAGAAGUUCAAACAAAUUCUAAAUAAGUUGCAACAAAAUCAACAAGUUUUGACAAAUGAAUCUAAAGUACUUGGUAAGAGUAUUACAAACAAUAAUGUAUUAGAUACAACAUUAAGAUGGAAAAUCAUUGUGAAGCAUUUUAAAACGAAGCAAUCAAAUAUAUAUAAUUCAUCUCUGAAAACUAAUAAGUAUUUCAGUUUAUAAACGUUCAUCAAAUCAAGAUAGACUUUGGUUAAGAUCGAAUUGACUUUGGAGGCCUCAUACGACGAAACUGUGAAACCAACAAUCCUUGUUUCUUUUACAUUGUAUUGUAUAUUGUAGAGGAAUGACAGGGGCAGCACACAUGUUAGGGUUGGGAUAAAAUGCGAUUACAUUGUUCACAAAUUUUGGAACAAAGAAGUAUUUCUUUAUGCUUUCUUUUUAAAUAUUCUUUGUAUAGUUGUACAAGAUACAACAGAAUCCAAUUUUAUAGUUUGAAUUCGAAAACUUUAUGCAUAUACAGUUUUGUAUAUUUACAUACUUUUGGUUUUAAUAAACAUAAUCUAUUUUUUAUAAACGUUUCUUAAAGCUGGUAUAUGUUUUUAAUAAGACUUGUCUACGUUGCUAUAUACGUAGUUUUCAUUGCAGCUAGUUUAAAGUUCAAUGGUCUGUUCAUAUUGUAUAUUGAUAAGGUAUAAAUGUCUUUAUUUCACCUGGAAUGAAAUAGAAAGAGGUAGACAGAGAAAUUCAAUUGAUGAAUGCGUCAUACUGAAGCGCUUGAUGUGUGGAGGUGCAGAAAUUGGUGGAGAAAACGUUA